AUGUCCGCUCCAGGUACCCGCUCGUCUUCCGCCGGACCGACGGGUCAAGCUCAGCAGACAGCCAAUGGUCGGAUGUACGCAUCUUUUCAGAAGCGUUUCCCGCGGAUGGCCUUUGUCGCCAAGAAAAUCUCGACUUCGCGCACAGGUCGCACCACCGCUAAAGCAUGGUCCUACCGACGUCCGCUGCUGUUCGGUUUCUUCGCCACAUAUACAGCUGUGGGCUACCUGAAGCUCAAACGUGAUGCGUACUUACGUGAUCUCAUUCAUCCAGACACAUACCUUGUCUGGAAGGUGUACGACGGCUCGAUCGUCGAAUCCCGCGGGCCACCCUCCGUGAGCGCACUCAUCAACGCCCCUGCUGCCGGCGAAGAGGCGCCGCGAGUCAUGGAAAUGUUUGAAGUGAUUCGUGCGCUCAAGUGGGCGCAGGCCGACGACCGCAUCAAAGGCAUCCUUGCCGACUUUAGCGGCUUGCAUCUUCCGUCGUCUGUCACACCUAAUCGCUUAGGCUUGGCGCAGAUCGAAGAGCUCAUGCAAGCGAUUCACGAGUUCAAGAUCGCCAAAAAGCAGCAGCAUGGCGAUAAGGCACGCCCUUCGAUCGCCUGGGCCGAUACUUUCAACAGCCAAGGUUCGUUUUUGCUUGCUUCCGCGUUCGAUGAGCUGUGGAUGCAGCCCGCCGGCUCGAUUCCUCUGACAGGCCUCAGUGCCCAGAUUCCCUUCUUCAAAAAGGUAUUGGACUACUUUGGCAUCAGAGUACUUGCCGAGGCACGAAGGGAGUACAAGUCGAUGAUCUCAACGUUUAGCCGCGAAGACUCUCUAACAGCUCCACAAAUACACAACGAAGCAGAGCUGCUUGGUGAGCUCAACCGCGGGCUUGUCCAUGCAAUCGCUGUUAAUCGGUUUCCUGACGAGGACCCGGAGCUGACGUCGAGCAAGGUCGAGGCAUGGAUGAAGCAAGGACCCUUCUCCACUCGGGAGGCUACGCAGCUAGGACUCAUUAACGGUGCUGCGUUCAAGAGGGAUAUCAUCAAGCGACUCAUCGAUCCAAAGCACGGCGGCAACGACGAGACCAAGUUCAAGUCGCUGCACCACUACAACAAGAUUAAUGACCGCCAUCUUGACCGGCAACUCUCCGAUGACGAGGUGGAGCGAGUUGGCGUGGUGUACCUACUUGGGGGGAUCAGCUCAGCGCCGGGCGAGUUUUCCACUUCGUCCGUGCUCAAAGGUCUCAAAGAGGCAGCUGAACACAAGGACAUCAAGUCGAUCGUGCUGCGUAUCGACUCCGGCGGUGGAGAUGUGGUGGCGAGCGAGUCUAUAUGGGACGCUGUCCGACGUGUCCGUGAGGACUACGGCAAACCUGUCGUCGCUUCAUUUGGCAACACUGCAGCGUCCGGAGGCUACUAUGCCGCCAGCGCUGCCGAUGCCAUUCUGGCUUGCGAAAACACCGUUACUGGCUCCAUCGGCGUUGCAUCUUUGCGUCCGACGAUCACACGCGCCUUUUUCGACAAAUUCAACAUUGGCAUUCAGACGUUCUUCACCGCUUCGACGUCGCAGUCAACACUCCAUGAGCUCGAUGAGGCACAGCAAGCCAAGUCGGCAAAGCACAUCGACGAAAUGUACGACGAAUUUCUUCAAAAGGUAUGCGACGGACGCAGCAUCUCCCGCGAAGUCGUCGAAAACUUGGCGGGUGGCCGGGUUAUGACGGGUCUCAGCGCAUGGGCGCGAUGUAAUCCAGAUGCCGAGCUCGACCAGGUACAGCUGAAUGUCGCCACGCCCAGUGCUGACAAGAUUGUGGAGCUCGGUCAAGAUGCUGCAUCGGAGCAGGCGGAGACAGCCACACACCGAGCGGAUAAGGUGGCAAACGAAGCAGUCAAGUCGGCUGUGCGCCGUGUCAAGGCGGUCAGCCUAACAAGCCAAUGGAAGACGCACGAGGUAUCAACGAGCAGCGGCAACAAUACGGUCUUGAUUGAGCGCAUCGGUCCCAAUCACGCGGCCGUGGCGCCUGAAACCGAAAGCGACAGUAGCAACACCAAUAGCAAUAACGACCACAAUGGUCUCCUCUCUGAGCUGAUCGCUAAGGCCGAAGAGGCCCUGUUGAGUCGCUCUGACAGCGCCAGCGGCGAUGCUCCUGCCACUGCACCGGUGAGCAACGCCCUGACGGAUGCCGAAAAAAUUAAGAAGCGUAUCGAGGAACAAGAGUCUCUUCUCGCUGUCGCUGCGCACUCUGCUGCUGAGCAAUCGCGUCAACACAGUUCCGACAACGCCGAAGAAAAUGAGGCUUCAGACGUGAGCACCAGGAACUCCGGUGCUACUGUUCAGAGCAAGACGGGACCCUACGGCAAAGGUCUGGUCGACUCGAUUGGUGGGAUCUGGGAUUCGGCCUACUAUGCCAUGGCUCUUGCGCUGCAAGCAGAGUUUGAAGCUAUGGUCACCAAGGACAACCUUACGAUCGAGCAGGCCACAGCCAAGAUCCGACCUGGAGCGGACCGCGAAGUGACUGAUGAUGGCAUGCUUGCACUGGCUACCGACUUGAGGCUGGUACGCUUCCCCGAAGACAAGCCGUUCUGGAAAAAGGUUCAGGAGCUCAACGCCAAGGGCGAUGAGCCACAGCUCUCCCUUCUCCCAAGGGCAGUCAGCAAUACCGUGGCGAUGAUGCUUCAAGAGGCAGGCGAGAGAGCUGCAAAAGCAGCAGUCAGGAUGCUGAUCGCCACAGCAGCGGAUCCGAGCGGCGUUGCAGCUGCUUUCGACGACCCGCAGCUGGCAGAGAAGCUGCGUGCCAGCCAUGGGCUAGGAGCAGGCAAUUCGAGAGGACGUGCAAGGGCCGAAUAUCCACUAGCGUCAUUCUUUAGCUAG